GAGGCUAAACCCUUUUUGCGGCCACUUCCGACGGUCUUGAAUCUCAAAUUUUUUAGUGUGUUGGAUGAUGGUUAAAUAACAUCUACCUAGUGUGUGUUUGGAUUUGAGCGCUGCUGAUGCCAGUCAGAAUUGCAUCCAUCCAUCAUGUACGGCAGAGCUGGGCUUGAUAGAUUUAGGAAAGCUCAGUCCUUGGAACCCUUCUCAGUGAAUGCCAAUGCGAAAUCCUCCACUCCAGCUCAGAAGAGCCCCCCUGCUGUUGCUGUUCAGGAGGCCGGCCCUCAGCAUCAGCAUCAGCAUCUGACUCAGAUUGGUGAGGGUCAGUCGAGUUGGCAGCCCCCCGAGUGGGCAAUGGAUCCCCGCCCUGGUGUUUAUUUUCUUCAAGUCUUGAAGGAUGGUCAGCUUCUCGACCGCAUUCCUCUUGAUAGGCGCCGCAACAUCUUUGGCCGCCAAUCUCAUACUUGUGAUUUUGUGCUUGAUCAUCAGUCUGUUUCCCGCCACCAUGCUGUUGUUGUUCCUCACAAGAAUGGAAGCAUAUAUGUAAUUGAUUUGGGAUCUGCGCACGGUACUUUUGUUGCAAACGAACGCGUGACUAAAGAUACCCCUGUUGAGCUUGAAGUUGGGCAGUCUUUGCGGUUUGCUGCAUCAACUAGAACUUAUGUCUUAACAAAGAACGAUGCAGCUCUUUUUCCUCGUCCUCCAAUGCCUUCCGAGGUUGACCUGCCACCACCACCUGAUCCAUCUGAUGAAGAAGCUGUCGUCGCUUAUAAUACGCUUCUAAAUCGUUAUGGUCUGACCAGGUCUAGCAAACUGCCUAGGCCCAAUGAGUCAGCUAACUCCGCAAACAAAAAUGGUGACACCCAGCAUCCGGAGAGAGCCUCUAAGAGAAUUAAGAAGGCAAGAGUAUCAUUCAGGGAUCAAGUUGGAGGAGAGUUGGUUGAAGUUGUUGGUAUAUCAGAUGGUGUGGAUGUAGAAACAGAACCUGGUCCGAUAGGUGUAAAAGAAGGGCAAAGUCUUGUUGGAAAAUAUGGAUCCCUUGUACAGACUACAGUAAUUCCCAAAGGGAAGGAGCAAUCAUCUGCCAAGGAAGCGAAUAAUUCCCACAAGGGGAUGACUGAAAAAUUACAACAAGUCUUAGAUAGAGUCAAAACUGCUCCAAAAGGUGGGAUAUAUGAUGACCUUUAUGGAGAAUCUUAUUCGGGCAAAGUGGGCACUUCCUGGGCAUAUCCUUCACUUAGUUCCACUGCCUCUCCAAGUAAAGACUCUGAUGAAAAGCCAUCGAAUGCAAACCAUGGAACUAACUCAGGCCAAGUUGAUGAUGACGAGGAUGAUUUAUUUGGAGACUGAUUGAAGCAAGAACUUGUGGAUGGAUUGUUUUAUUCUCCUCUUUUUGGGUUUGGGAAUGUUUUGGAGGUUGAAAAGCUGUAACGCAUGAAAAUUGUAUGGUCUUGCUUCCCUUGUGGAUGGGAUUUUUGUUGUAAUUCAUCAACAAAUUUCUUUGUAUUGGCAUGCUCUGCCUCAUAAUCUCCAAACCAGUUACUGUCUGAGAUUGUGGCUUCGAAACUGUGUAACCAUAGAGGGAAUGGAAAGGCCGUAUAUGAUGCUGCCAGGUAUGUCAUUUAUUUAACUCAUUUUCAAACCUGAUAUGAUAUGUUUAUGGUGGUGCAAGUCUGGUGUGAGAUGCUGAUACAGUGUUCAACUUUUUUUUCUUGAUAAUGAUAUGGCAAGGGGGUUUGUUAGUA